AAGAAAGCAGAACUGUGAAGAGGGCAAGAUGGAUCUUGAUGUGUUAAACAUGUUUGUAAUAGCGGGAGGCACUUUGGCUAUCCCCAUUUUGGCAUUUGUAGCGUCCUUCCUCCUGUGGCCUUCAGCGCUGAUCAAAAUAUAUUACUGGUAUUGGCGUCGAGCCCUGGGCAUGCAGGUGAAAUAUGCACAUUGUGGUGACUACCAGUUUUGCUAUUCCUACCGAGGAAGACCCAGCCACAGACCAUCUGUACUUAUGUUGCAUGGGUUCUCAGCCCACAAAGAUAUGUGGCUUUCUGUAGUCAAGUUUCUUCCAAAAAAUCUUCACUUGAUUUGUGUUGAUAUGCCAGGUCAUGAGGGUACCACUCGGUCAUCUCUCGAUGACUAUUCCAUCUAUGGACAAGUGAAAAGAAUACACCAGUUUGUUGAAUGUAUCAGUCUGAACCGAAAGGCAUUUCAUCUGCUCGGAACUUCUAUGGGUGGACAUGUGGCUGGUGUUUAUGCUGCUCAGUAUCCAGCAGAGGUCUGCAGCUUAAGUCUAAUAUGCCCUGCAGGUCUGCCACAGUCCACAGAAGGAAAGUUUGUGAAACAGCUGAAGGAGCUGAAGAAGAAUGACUGGAUUGAUCAGAUUCCUUUAAUUCCAUCCACUCCGGAAGAAAUGGCAGACAUGUUAAAACUGUGCUCUUACGUUCGCUUCAAGGUGCCCCAUCAAAUUCUGCAGGGCCUUGUUGAUGUUCGCAUCCCACAUAAUGACUUCUACCGAAAAUUAUUUUUAGAGAUUAUAGAUGAAAAGUCACGAACUUGCCUUUCUGACAACAUGAGCAAGAUCAAAGCUGCAACACAGAUCAUCUGGGGAAAGCAAGAUCAGGUACUGGAUGUUUCAGGAGUGGACAUUUUAGCAAAGUCAAUCCCUGAUGCCCAAGUACAUAUUCUGGAGAAUUGCGGGCACAGUAUAAUCGUGGAACGGCCCAGAAAGACAGCAAAGCUUAUUCUGGAUUUCUUAACCACUGUACAGAAUGCUGAGAAUAAUAAGAAACUGGCCUGAACUUUUCCUGUGAGGUGGAACCCUUAAGCCUAAAUGUUUCAGUUGGGAGGAAAUACUGCUAAUUUAAUCAAUUCUCAGGGAUCUUAUUAUACAGAACUUGGUGAUUGUGCCAAAAUCCCUGAAGAAAUCUGAAUAAUUCAUAUAUUUAAUUUAGAAGUCUUAUCAGUGCAAUGACUCUGGGAUACUGAACAGCUUUCACAUAUAUCUGCUAAUGAUAAAGUCUAAUAAAAAUCUGCAUUUCUAGA